AGAGUCAUUCAGUGUGAGAUUUUAUAAACGAGGCCAUUGUUUGGAAAGGUUAUUUUGUUAAUGAGUGCCACAUGAACAUAGUGUCAACUUUGAACUCUUCCGUGUUGACUCCAGAUAUAAAAUGGGAAUUUCUUCUACCUCGCUAUUCACAGCCCAAAGAUAAUCUUCACCAAUAUGUCUGAACACGGGGCAAUUUACACAGAGGUCCCAACAAACAGUAGGCCCAACAAGCCCACUGCCCUUCAACAUGUUGGUGACUUUGCAAACAUGGUCAAGGCAUUUAUUGGCUCCAACUACCUUGCUUUGCCUUUUGCAUUUAGUCAGAGUGGACUUGGUUUUGGACUUGGUGGCUUACUUAUUAUUGUUGCCAUGACAGAUUACUGUUGUCAGCUAUUAGUCAAAGUAAAACAUAUUGUGGUUAAUAAUAUAGUUGACACAAAAAGAAUUCAAGAAAAAAUUGAAAGAGCCUCAAGUAUAGCAAAUGCAUCCACAUCAUCUUCGUCAUCGUCUUUUACUUCAUCAUCGCCUGCAGCAUCAAAUACAGCAGAAGAGGAUGAACUAGCCAUUCAUGCUUUUCACCAGCAAGUUGCUAAAUCACUCAGCUAUCAGGAUAUUGGACGUAUAGUCUUUGGAACCCCUGGAUCAGUAAUAGUACAAAUGUGUUUGCUUCUCACACAAUUUGGUUUCUGCAUUGGUUACUUUGUGUUUCUUGGUAACACUAUUUAUUCUAUGUUCCCAGUGAAAAUAGUGGAGAAUAAUUCAAGUAUGCCAGAUAUAAAUGUUACCCAAAGUUUACCACAAUUGGUAACUGUAUUACCUGGAUUGAUCACCUCUACAUCAGAAUCCAUUCAAAAUGGUUCCAUGGGAUUUUAUAGUACUCGUAGUUCAUUGAACAGUCAAGUUUACAGCAAACCUAAGACAGAGACAAUAAGGAUAUCAUCAACUGUUUCAGCAACCACACAGGCAUACCAACCCACCAGUUUGGGGACAACCAGAACACCCAAUACACGGGGAACACAAACAACCUUUACAACACCUAAAAUUUUUAACAGCAGUGAUAAUUCUGAACACCAAACCAUUAUGUCAAAUUCUUCUGAAAUAUCUCAUUUAUUAGAAAUGACAGAAGGAAAAGAAGGAAAAAUUUUAACAGAUGCAAACUCUAGUAUGGUAGCAGGCAGCAGCCCAAGUUAUGUGUCUGAUGACAAUGUCAAUGAUACAACCAGUGACUCUAGCAUUAAAGCAGGUGGUAAUUUCAGUGUUGUUAAUGGUAGUUCAAGUGAUACUUUCACACAGAAUAGUAACUCCAGUGACAGUUUCACCCAGAAUAGAACCAAGAGGUUUGUGGAAAAUAUAGAUGACAGAAGGGUUACAAUUCCCAUAUAUUUGCGUCAAGAGACCAUGUCCAGCCUUACGAGCAGUGCCACCAUUGGGAACCAGACAGUAAUCAGCACAGCCCCUGCCUUGCAAUACCUAGUGUUGGUUCCUGGACCUGUGUUCAUCUUCUUCUCAUGGAUCAGACACGUGAGGAGUAUGGGGCCUAUCAGCCUUAUUGCUAAUCUAGCCAUCUUUGCAGGGUUUGUGUCUGUGCUCUGCUAUUUGAUUGUAGGUUUCACAGUAUCAGAGAGUGUAGUGUGGUUCAAACUGGAAACCUUCCCCAUCUUCUUUGGUCAGGUGACCACUGCAUAUGAAGGAAUUGGACUCAUUAUACCCAUAGAAUCCAGUAUGGAAAACAAUAGACACAGCUUUGCAUCAUUCCUCCAUGGCGCCGUCUUCCUCGUCUCCCUGGUCUUGGGGACAUUUGGAAUCCUGGGAUAUUUGCGCUAUGGGGAUGCCACUGACCAGAUGAUCAACCAGAACCUGGAGCCUCAGCACAGUCCAUUGACACUGCUGGUCAGUGCCACACUGUGCGUAGGGAUUCUGUUCACUUUCCCUCUCCAGCUGAUGCCUGUGAUUGAAAUAACAGAGGGCUAUCUGUUUGCUGAAGGAAAAAUUUGUGGACCAAGCACUGAUACGGAUGAAGAAGAAAAGGGUGAGGAGGAGUCAGAAAGAGAUGAUGCCAGUCUGUUACCUGGUGUUAAAGUCUCAAAAUCAGAAGUCCCUGCUCAUGUUUCUGUUCAUAUUCCAGCAUCUGUGUCAGCCUGGAAGAGAAAUCUUUGGAGGACAUGUCUUGUCCUGUGCUGUGCAGGCUUUGCAGUGUUACUCAGAGCAAAAUUUGCAUAUAUUGGAGCUUUUAUAGGUUCAGUUGGUGGCACAGUCCUGAUGUAUAUUCUGCCUUGUGUUUGUCACCUCAAGCUCAGUUGGCACAGGCUGCCUGCUAUCAGGAUUGCCUUGGAGAUCUGUAUCACGGUUCUUGGCACUGCAGGGGGCAGCAUGGGUCUCUAUGCUGUUAUCAGAGAUAUGGUCAUGACUCUGUCAUAGAAACAAUACUACAGGGUUAAACACAGAGGCCGAUUCUGGGUCUUCUGGAAGACGGUCAGAAUUUCAAGUUUACACUGACGGGUAUCUAUUUUUUCUGUCAGAAGAAGGCC